ACCUGCUGUGGCUGGCCAACCUCACGGGCGCGCACAUCGGCCUGGCCCCGAUCUCGCAGGACCCCGAGGAUCGCUGCAGCAUCUGGGAGAACCUGGUGAGCCUGGUGGAUUUUCAGUGCCCAGGCUUCCCGCUGACCGCCGAGGAGCUCUGCCACUACAUCGACAUUCCCCCCUCGCCCGCGUCCUCCGCCGCCCUGCCCCUGUCCCCUCCCCUCCCCGGCGACACCGACUACAAGAACAACGCGCACCUCAAGCCGCCCUACUCCUACGCCACCCUCAUCUGCAUGGCCAUGGAGGCCAGCGAGGAGCCCAAGCUCACCCUGGCUGCCAUCUGCAAGUGGAUCAGUGACAACUUCUGCUAUUUCCGCCGCGCUCAUCCCACCUGGCAGAGCUCCAUCCGGCACAACCUGUGCAUCAACAAGCGCUUCGUCAAGGUGCCCCGGGAGAAGGGGGAGCCGGGCAGAGGCGCCUUUUGGAAGCUGCACCCCCAGUACGCCGAGUGGCUGAGGAGCGGCACCCCCAAAGGGCGCGGGACGCCCCCGGAGCGCGUCCCGCUGCCGCCUCAGCCCGGAGCGCUGCCCCUGCACCCAGCCAGGCCGCGGGGGCAGCACCUGGGCUGGCCACAAGAGCCGCUCCUGCCUAAACCCAGCCCCACCAAGCCGGGCUCGGAUGAAACCCUGAUGGCCACGGCGUUCCUGGAGGCGGCCUGGCCGGAGGAGAGCGGGGGGAGCCUCCCCAGCUGCGUCCCCGCCCAGCAGGGCGCUGCCAACACCCCGGCCGCCCUGCCCGCCGGGCAGGGCAUGGACUGGGACCCUCUGGCCCACCUAAACCUCUAUUAG